AGAUGCACAUUCUAAUAUCGCCUCUCGUGAUGCAUUUCGAUGCACUGUACCUACAUCCUACAAAACAAUUAAUUCUUAAGUGUUCAUCCUAACAUUCGCUCUCAAGCUUCCCGUGCAAACUCUUCCGGCAUGGCAUCCACUCUUCAUAAGGUCUGAGGAAGCAUGGAUGGAACCCAUGAUGAUUCAAGUCAGUGGGAACAGAGUAAGGAAAAUAUUCAGCCUCUGAAGCAAGGCAGGAAAGCCACAGUGCUGUCUGUGGUGCUUGAUGACAAUGCUGCACAGAAACUUAAUAUCAUCAGGCAUGAAUUUGAGGAGGAGCUGCGAACAUACUCAGGAGAUGACCCCCUGGAUGUCUGGUACCGCUAUGUUCUGUGGGUGGAGCAGAAUUAUCCCAAAGGAGGCAAGGAGGGAAAGCUGACCAAACUGAUUGAGAAGUGUUUGAUGGCCAUGUAUGGUAAUGCAGAUGUUCGGGAAAAGUAUGUGAAUGAUGAGCGAUUCUUGGACAUCUGGAUCAGAUAUGCCAACUUGUCAACAAAUCCACUUGAGAUUUACCAGACAAUGGAGGCAAAAAGCUUGUGUUUAUCUUUGGCGGACUACUACAUCAACUGGGCAUGGGAAAUGGAAAAGACUGGCAGUUACAAGCGAGCUGAUGCCAUUUAUGAGAAAGGUCUUCAAGCAGGAGCAAAGCCUCUCUGCAAUCUUCAGGAAUCUCACAAGAAGUUCCAGAUCAGAGUGAGUCGUUCUACCAUAGAGGGCAGAAUGGGUGACCAAGAGAUUAACAGUUCAGAACAAGAGCGUGUGGCCCUUUCUGCCCUCAAAUCCCAGGGUCACAGGGUUGGUGUUAACAGAAGUGGGCCUGCAUUGGCUGGUCCAGCUGGUCGUUGUUUCCAAGAUUUGCCUUCAAAGACUAAUGGCCCAGCAUUUUCUAUCUUCAAAGACACUUCAACACAAGGUGUAACCUCAGAUCUUCCAUCUGAUGAUCAAAGUACCCUGGGAUUAGGUGCAUCAGCUAACCGAGAAAACAUUAGGAAGCCCAACCAGUGGUCAAAAUCUAAAGUUAAGCAAAAAGCAGUGAAUGUUGUGCCUGUGGAGGAUGUUGACAAGUAUCACAAGCCAGAAUUCUCAGUUCAUGAAGAUGAAAAUGCAUCACAAUACUCAGAAAAUCAUACAAGAUUAUCCACAGCAAGCCAUGUGCUUGCCCAGCACAAGGAAGAAUAUGACAGCUGGCAUGUUCAGCUCUUUAUACCAGAACCAUUUGAUCCCAAAGCUCAGCCACAGUACUGUAAGCACAAGGUAUACUGUGGAACUGAGGAAUUCAGUUUUGAGGAGCUGAGGGCAGCACGGUAUACAAAAUCACAGAAAGAGCAGAAGGAAAAAGAAAGUGAGCUUCAACAAAUGCGGGAUAUGCUGAAGAAACAAGAAGAAAUGAUUCAAAAGCUGUUAAAGCACCAAAGUGAAGAACAAGAAGAUAAGUCUCUCAAGCCUGUGGCACCACCAAACCCACCUCCAUCUUCUCAACCUAAAGUUUCUCAUCAGAAGGCUAGAAAGGAAUUAAAGUCAAGUAUUAUAUAUCAAGACAGUUGGCUGGCGAUCAACAAGUCCGUGAACGCAUCUAUCAAUGCAUCAAAUCUCCAUGAUGAAAGUGCAAAUAUAUUAUUCCAAAGUGAGCCACCAGUAACAGCUGGGUAUGGCAAAGAGUCUGUCAGCAAUGACCCAGUUCCACCUGUUGUCAUUAAUGAGCAAGGGAGCCUCAGUACUAGUGGAAAUUCUCGAGGACUGAGCUUCACUGAUCCAACUGGGGAUGCUGCCAACAUCAUAGAUGAUAUGUGGUCUGCCACCCUCUCCCAUUCAAUUUCCCAUCAUUCUGGUGAUACAGGAGCCAGGCUUUCAGAGCCACCAUCAUCAGAAAAUUUGGCACCUAUUUAUGAGGAUGAUUGCAAAAAGAAUGAAGCUCCUUCUUCAUUCCAAAUCUUCAGUGAUCCUGUGAGUCAAAAUCAGAAAACAGAACCUUGUGGAAUGCCACAGCUGACACGGGUGCUCAAGGAAAAAUCAGCAGCAGUGGAAGCAGCAGCAGCAGCAACAAAAGCCGCAGAUGUUGCACCAACACUAUCAGAAAUUAAUGUGCAGGAACCUACAUCUUCUGAUGCUGGGACCUAUCCUGAGGUGCAGGAUGAGAACUGUCCCCCUGCUGGCAUGAUUCUGCUGCCACAUGAAACUCGUCAUAUUUCUGGAGUCCUCCAGCCAGCAAAAUACAUUCCAGUUCCACAGGAUCAAGAGACACAGGAUGUUAAAAGUGUGGAAAUUGAAGAAAGAAAUUUUGAGUAUAGGCAGGCCAAUGAUAUAGAGCCCCUCUAUGUUUCUACCAUGAAGAAUGAAGAUUUGGAUGACAUAGUCCCCUUAGAUGACAAACAGAUGGAAGAUUUUACUAUUAAGAUGCCCAAUAAUGAAGCAAUUUUCAGUCACAUGGCCAAGGUAGCAUCCACCCCAGUACCUUGGUCACAGGGAUACUUAGCACAUUCAUCAACCUCAAGGAAUGAUUUUACCAUAGCUACUGAUACAGACAAACAUUUUCCACUAAUACAAGAGGAGAAAAAGUCUUAUUCAUUGCUAAAGAAUAACAACCAAGAAGACAUAAUGCCUCCCCCUUCAACCACUAAAGCUCAAAUCCAUGCCAAUGUAACCACCACCACCACCACCACAUCUUUGCCAUAUGCUGAAUCUGAGGCUGGUUUGUCUGUUAUCAUGGAAGCAUCACGAGAAUACAGGUCAUCAUCAAGUAGCUCAGGCUGUACAACUUCAAAUACACUUCCAAGUCAUUCAGUGCAUGGCUCUAGCCACCCUGGAAACUUCUCCUUAAGCACUGUUCAUGUUUCUCGUGUUCGUCACCAGUCACAGCCUGAUGAAGAGAUGGCUUGUGAAUCUGCUCCUGCUGUUCAAGUUGGAGACUUUACCAAAUCAGGCUACUUAGCUGACAAGUCAAGAGGAGAGAGUUUGGCAGAGUCACUGCCUUAUACUACUGGAGCUGCACAGCCCAAGAAUGAAGGUCACUCAAUGUCCAUCUGCAGCACAGCAGCAAAGAUGAUGAUGGAUUUUGAUGGCAUGAUGCUGUCAUGUUCAGACCUUAAGGGAGAAAAGUGUGUUAGCUCCAGAAACAUUAACCCCUUUGAUGAAGAGGUUAUAGAGAACAUUCUUUCCAACUUGGAGGUGCCUCUUACCAAACGUGGUGGAUAUGUGGCAAUCAGGAAAGAUAUUCCCUGCUUCAAGCCUGGUCUGCAGGUUACCCUAGGAAGGGAAUGCUUCCACAUUUACAAGAUGUGUGGAGAGGGAGCAUAUGCAAAAGUCUACCGGGCAAUAACCAUGGAUCCCCUAAAUGUGACAAUGAUGCCAUCUGAUGAUGAUGAAGACGAAGAACAUCAGGUCAUUCUGAAAGUGCAAAAGCCAGCAUGCCCAUGGGAAUUUUACAUUUGCCAUGAGUUGAGACAGCGCCUAAAAGCUUCCAUGUAUUCAGAAGGAAUUCUGAACAGUAUCAUGAAAUCUGAUAGAGGAUAUUUCUUCUCCAGUGGAUCAGUUCUUGUGAACCAGUACCAUGCAUUUGGUACUCUUUUAGAUGUUGUUAAUAAGUAUCGUGCCAUAGGCAAAACCAUGCCAGAAGAUAUUGCCAUGUUCUUCAUGAUUGAAAUACUCUCAAUUUUGGAGGCAGUACAUAACUGCAACAUCAUCCAUGCUGACAUCAAGCCAGAUAAUUUCCUUGUCCAGGCCAUCCCUGAAAGUAACACCUCUGAUGACAUUUUCACAGAGGGUCCAACGUGUCUGAAAUUAAUUGACUUUGGUCGCAGCAUUGACAUGAAAGCUUUUCCUGAAGGAACAACAUUUACUGAAGUAGUUACUACUGAGAAGUUUACAUGCUGUGAGAUGAGAGAUGGGCGACCCUGGACCUAUCAGACUGACUAUUUUGGAGCAGCAGCCAUUGCUCAUCUUUUCCUCUUUGGGACAUACAUGGAUUUGAAGAAGACAAAAUCUGGCAAGUGGGAUAUCAUGGGAGUCUUUAAGAGAUACUGGAAGAAGAACCUUUGGGAAAAUAUUUUCUCCACGCUGUUAAACGUACCAUCAUGCUCUGCCUUGCCCAACCUUAGUGCCUUGAGAAGUAAAAUUAUUACCACCUUUUAUGAGGAAAGGAUGCACAAAGACAUAUAUUUCAAGUUCCACACCUUGCAGCAAAUGGAAGUAGCUCAGAAGUGAUCCACAACUUAGCCUUACUGACAUACAUACAUUGUUAUUAUCUUUUAUAAAUACCUACUGUAGAUUGUCUUCUUGCAUGUAUAGAAAUAUGGUGAAACCACAUUUGAAUGCAUGUGCCAUCCCAUCAGCUGCAACAACAUGAAUUGUUGAAUGUUAUUUUUAGUGUGAAUAUUAUUCACUGCAAAACUUGCAUUGGUGUGGCAAAACCUUAAAUUUAUCAAGUCAAUAAAGCAUUCCAUCUACAUGACUUGCAUGCAUGUAGGAUUGUGAAUCUAUGUGAAUCAGGUUGCGAAACAUAAUGUAGCCGGUACUUAUAAGAGAAAAAAAAGGAAAGAGAAAAGUUUCAAUUGCAUGUUGAAGACAUGCUGAUUAUGUAAGGUUUCACACAAGAUUGUUUUUAGAAUUUCAACAUUUCAUUUAGACUAAGGAACUUUUUAAGAAAUAUAAUCAAUUAAACAGUCAUUCAUUCAUCCUUGUCUUUCUGGUACAUUUUUAGCUGUCAAUAAGAACCACUUAGAAUGUAAGCUCUUCCAUAGUUACUAUUUUAUAUUCUCAGACCUUUUAAAAAAAUUUUGCUGUAUUUUAGAUAAGGGUCCUUUUUAUAUUCUCAGACCUUUUAAAAGAUUUUGCAGUAUUUUAGAUAAGGCUCCUUAGAUACUUUGUUUUGAGAUGUACAGUACAAUAUAUAUUUCAACAAAUAUUUAC